GCAUCCGGAGCGGAGCUGCAGCAGCGCCGCCUUUUGUGCUGCGGCCGCGGAGCCCCUGAGGGUCUGCUGCUUGGUACCACACCAAGGUCCAGAGGCCAUGGCCUGCCUCCAUGAGACCCGCACACCCUCCCCUUCCUUUGGGGGUUUUGUGUCUACCCUCAGCGAGGCAUCCAUGCGCAAACUGGACCCAGACACUUCAGACUGCACUCCCGAGAAGGACCUGACUCCCACCCAGUGUGUACUUCGAGAUGUAGUGCCUCUUGGUGGGCAGGGUGCGGGCGGGCCCAGCCCUUCUCCAGGCGGAGAGCCACCCCCUGAGCCUUUUGCCAACAGUGUCCUACAGCUACAUGAGCAGGAUGUGGGGGGCCCAGGGGGAGCUACUGGGUCACCUGAGAGUCGGGCAUCUAGAGUUCGAGCUGAUGAAGUACGGCUACAGUGUCAGAGUGGCAGUGGGUUCCUCGAAGGCCUCUUUGGCUGCCUGCGCCCAGUAUGGACAAUGAUUGGCAAAGCCUACUCCACAGAACAUAAGCAGCAACAGGAAGACCUUUGGGAGGUCCCCUUUGAGGAAAUCUUGGACCUGCAGUGGGUAGGCUCAGGGGCCCAGGGUGCUGUCUUCCUGGGGCGCUUCCACGGGGAGGAAGUGGCUGUGAAGAAGGUACGAGACCUCAAGGAGACUGACAUCAAGCACCUGCGAAAGCUGAAGCAUCCCAACAUCAUCACAUUCAAGGGCGUGUGUACCCAAGCACCCUGCUACUGCAUCCUCAUGGAGUUCUGCGCACAGGGCCAGCUGUAUGAGGUGCUGCGGGCUGGCCGCCCUGUCACCCCUUCCUUGCUGGUUGACUGGUCCAUGGGCAUCGCUGGAGGCAUGAACUACCUGCACCUGCACAAGAUUAUCCACCGAGACCUCAAGUCUCCAAACAUGCUAAUCACCUAUGAUGAUGUGGUGAAGAUCUCAGACUUUGGAACUUCCAAGGAGCUGAGCGACAAGAGCACCAAGAUGUCCUUUGCAGGGACAGUAGCCUGGAUGGCCCCUGAGGUGAUCCGCAAUGAGCCUGUGUCUGAGAAGGUGGACAUCUGGUCUUUUGGUGUGGUGCUAUGGGAACUACUGACUGGGGAGAUCCCCUACAAAGAUGUAGAUUCCUCAGCUAUCAUCUGGGGUGUGGGAAGCAAUAGUCUCCAUCUACCUGUGCCCUCCAGCUGCCCAGAUGGCUUCAAAAUCCUGCUUCGCCAGUGCUGGAACAGCAAGCCACGUAAUCGGCCAUCAUUCCGACAAAUCCUGCUACAUCUGGACAUUGCCUCAGCCGACGUACUCUCCACACCCCAGGAGACUUACUUUAAGUCCCAGGCAGAAUGGCGGGAAGAGGUAAAGCUGCACUUUGAGAAGAUUAAGUCAGAAGGGACCUGCCUACACCGACUAGAAGAGGAAUUGGUGAUGCGGAGAAGGGAGGAGCUCAGACAUGCCUUGGACAUCAGGGAGCACUAUGAACGGAAGCUGGAGAGAGCCAACAACCUGUACAUGGAACUGAAUGCCCUCAUGUUGCAGCUAGAACUCAAGGAGCGGGAGCUACUCAGGCGGGAACAAGCUUUAGAGCGGAGGUGCCCAGGACUGCUGAAGUCACACCCUUCCCGGGGCCUCCUGCAUGGGAACACCAUGGAAAAACUCAUCAAGAAGAGAAAUGUGCCACAGAAGCUAUCACCCCAUAGCAAAAGGCCGGAUAUCCUCAAGACAGAAUCCUUACUACCUAAACUAGAUGCAGCUCUAAGUGGGGUGGGGCUUCCUGGGUGUCCUAAGGGACCCCCCUCACCAGGACGGAGUCGCCGUGGCAAGACCCGUCACCGCAAGGCCAAUGCCAAGGGCAGUUGUGGGGACCUGCCUGGGCUUCGUACAGCUGUGCCACCUCAUGAACUUGGAGGACCUGGAAGUCCAGGGGGCCUAGGCAUGGGACCCUCAGCUUGGGAGGCCUGCCCUCCAGCCCUCCGUGGGCUUCAUCAUGACCUUCUGCUCCGCAAGAUGUCUUCUUCAUCCCCAGACCUCCUGUCAGCAGCACUGGGAACCAGGAGCCGUGGGGCCACAGGAGGAGCUGGGGACCCAGGCUCACCACCUCCAGCCCGGGGUGAUACCCCCCCCAGUGAGGGCUCAGCGCCUGGUUCCACCAGCCCAGAUUCACCUGGGGGAGCCAAAGGGGAACCACCUCCACCAGUAGGGCCUGGCGAAGGUUCAGGGCUGCUGGGAACUGGAAGGGAAGGGACAGCGGGCCGGGGAGGAAGCCGGGCCGGGUCCCAGCACUUGACCCCAGCUGCACUGCUGUACAGGGCUGCUGUCACUCGAAGUCAGAAACGUGGCAUUUCUUCAGAAGAGGAGGAAGGAGAGGUGGACAGUGAAGUAGAGCUGACAUCAAGCCAGAGGUGGCCUCAAGGCCUGAACAUGCGCCAGUCAUUAUCUACCUUCAGCUCAGAGAAUCCAUCAGAUGGGGAAGAAGGUACAGCUAGUGAGCCUUCCCCGAGUGGCACACCUGAAGUGGGCAGUACCAACACUGAUGAGCGGCCAGAUGACCGAUCUGAUGACAUGUGCUCCCAGGGCUCAGAAAUUCCACUGGAUCCACCUACUUCAGAGGUGGUCCAUGAGCCUGAACCUAGCUCCCUGGUCAUCCCACACCAGGACCUACUCAAAGGUGAGCAGGGCCCUCCCAAUUCUGAGGACUCAGACUGUGACAGCACUGAAUUGGACAACAGCGUUGAUGCCUUGCAGCCCCCAGCCUCCCUCCCUCCAUGAAAGCCACUCUUAUUCCAUGUACAUAGAGAAAUAUUUAUAUAAAUAAUAUAUAUGCGCCACAUAAUCAACAGAGACAGAUGGGACUGUCCCAGCUUUAAGUCUGACUUGAAGACUGACCCCCCUGACCAAUUCACCUGAUAAAAACUCUAGGGACACUGGCAGCUGAAGAUUAUUGCCCUAGAGCUGUACGUAAGAGGAAAUCAACCCCUUCUUGCUUCAUUCCUUAUGUUCAGCAACCAACUAGGCAGUAGAAAGCCAGAGUUGUCUCUAGACUCUUUAACCCCCAAACAGUUGAGGGGAAAGGGACAGGAGAGGGAACCACUGAAGACUGCACUUUUGUUUUCUGUUUACUCUGUUUACACAUUUUUGCACUUGGGAGGAGGGAGACUAAGGCUGGGUCCUCCCCCCUGAGGUUUCUCAGGUGGCAAUGUAUCUCAUUUCUUUGUUCCUGCAACUCUGCCCAGGCCCUGACUCAGGGCCCAGGGGGAGGUUAGGAGAUUGAUAGCAUGUGGAUGGCUCAGGCUGAAGAACUGGGGUGCUGUUGGAAGUCCCUGCUUUUAUCUGGUGCUGGAUUGGGGUGGGGACUGUCAUAUUGUAACCCCUGUGAAAAACCUUCAAAUAUAACCACUCCAUCCAUGCAGGCCCAGCUGUUGAGGGUUUUCUUGGUGAAUAAAUGGGGUAGCACUAAUUUAAAUAGGAGUCUUGGAUUGAAGAAUUUAUCUGAGAACUUAGAGGACGAACUUAGAGAACUGCAUUUUCUCACCUAAUAAAAACUAUCAAACUACAACUUCCUAAAAAUUAUAAGCAUGGGGAGAUGGCUCGGUAGAAUAAGGACUUCCCUGACAAGGGCAAGGGUCUGAAUUUAAUCCCCAGUUCUGCCAAAACAAAAUAAAAAUUAUAAGCAUCAAUGGCAGCAACUACUUUUCUAAAUGAUAGGGACAGAUUUGAAAUAUUCUUGUAAGACUGUACACGGACAGUUAUUAACAUUAAGAAACUGAAGGAUUUUAGUUUAAAAUACGUAAGCUUGAAGAAACAGACUACUUUACUUCCCUGUGUAUGCAAUGAGAACCCCUCUCCCAAAGUGCCUGCCUACUCUACGGAGCAGUUCUAGAAAUUCUAAUGCUGUCUUUGGGAAUAAAUUUUACAAGGGCCAAUCAGUACCAGGUUACAGGAAAGAAAGAUUAAGGACAAAUUAAAAAACAAGGAGUGCUAAAAAAGCAAAUACAUAUUGGAAUAAAGGAUUCUAUUCAAAACCCUAAGUAGGGUCCUGUGAGGGACAAAAGGUACAAAAAUAAUAGCAAGACAACAGGAAUAAAACCCACAUGGAUCACUGUGGCAUCCAGUUUCUAUUCACAAAGAAAAAGCUCCAGUCCAUCUUUUAAUUUUUUUGAAAAAUUCCUGACAUUACAGAACUAAACUGAAAUGUAUUAAUAUUCUACUCUUACAUUUUCAUGACAAACAGAAAAAUUCAUGAGCCAAAAAAACAAACAAAC